CCUCACUAUCGGUCGCUGGGAGUCACUGAAUCACAUGAACUAUAAGUUUGCUUCACUAAGACCAAUUCAUGGAGUUUUAGCGCUGAAAUUCCUCAAGUGGGUCAUCAAACAGCCUGGUUUGGAACCCAAUCACCUCACUCAUAUACUCGUUCAAACCCUGCAGUUUUUGACCUUUUAAUUAGAGUUUAUUUGCGGCAAGGAAUGGUUGGACAUGCUGUAAAUACUUUUUCUUCCAUGCUCAUUCGUGGGUUUAAGCCAUCUGUUUAUACUUGUAACAUGAUCAUGGCUUCCAUGGUCGAGAACUGUCGAGCUCACUUGGUUUGGUCUUUUUUUAAGCAAAUGCUUACUAGUAGAGUUUGUCCAAAUGUUUCCAGUUUUAAUAUACUGAUAAGUGUUCUAUGUGUGCAAGGGAAGUUUAAGAAAGCGGUUAAUAUCUUAACAAUGAUGGAGAGGAAUGGCUAUGUUCCUACUAUCGUUAGUUAUAAUACGUUGCUUAGUUGGUGCUGUAAGAAGGGAAGAUUUAAAUCUGCACUUAUGCUGAUUCAUCAUAUGGAAUGCAAGGGAAUUCAAGCAGACGUCUGUACAUACAAUAUGUUUAUUAAUAGUUUGUGCAGAAAUAGUAGAAGCGCACAGGGGUAUUUAGUUUUGAAGAAAAUGAGGAAGAAGAUGAUAACUCCUAAUGAAGUUUCUUACAACACCUUGAUUAAUGGCUUUGUAAAGGAGGGAAAGAUUGGGGUUGCUACUCGGGUUUUCAAUGAGAUGUUAGAGCUUAAUCUUUCACCAAACCUCAUAACUUACAAUAUUCUAAUUAAUGGACACUGCAUUAAUGGUAAUUUUGAAGAAGCAUUGAGAGUUUUGGAUGUGAUGGAAGCAAAUGACGUGAGGCCUAAUGAGGUUACUAUUGGAACUCUUUUAAAUGGUCUAUACAAGAGUGCCAAAUUUGACAUAGCUAGAAAUAUUCUGGAGAGAUAUCGUAUCAAUAGAACAUCUCUUAAUUAUAUCUCACAUACUGUGAUGAUUGAUGGGCUAUGCAGAAAUGGUUUGCUUGAUGAAGCCUUUCAAUUACUAAUUAAGAUGUGUAACGAUGGUGUUCAUCCUGAUAUCAUAACAUUUUCAGUGCUUAUAAAUGGAUUCUGCAAAGUUGGGAAUAUUAACAAGGCAAAGGAGGUUAUGUCGAAAAUAUAUAGAGAAGGAUUUGUUCCAAACAAUGUUAUUUUCUCUACAUUAAUAUAUAACUCUUGUAAGGUUGGAAAUGUUUAUGAAGCGAUGAAGUUCUACGCUGCUAUGAAUUUGAAUGGGCAAAAUGCAGACAAUUUCACAUGUAAUUCGUUGGUCGCUUCUCUUUGUGAAAAUGGAAAACUAGUAGAAGCAGAGGAAUUCUUGGAUCACAUUACUAGGAUUGGUCUUGUUCCUAACUCUGUUACAUUUGAUUGUAUCAUAAAUGGAUAUGCAAAUGUAGGAGAUGGGUCAGGGGCAUUUUCAGUGUUUGAUAAAAUGAUUAGUUCUGGUCAGCACCCUAGUCCUUUCACCUAUGGCAGUCUAUUGAAAGUGUUAUGCAGGGGACAGAAUUUUUGGGAAGCAAGAAAACUAUUGAAAAAGCUCCAUUGCAUUCCAUUGGCUGUUGAUACUAUAUCGUACAAUACAUUGAUUGUUGAGAUAAGUAAGUCAGGAAAUUUACUGGAAGCAGUUCGCCUAUUUGAGGAGAUGAUUCAGAAUAAUAUUCUACCGGAUAGUUAUACAUACACUUGUAUUCUGUCCGGAUUAAUUAGAGAAGGGAGAUUGGUUUGUGCCUUCAUAUUCUUGGGAAGACUCAUGCAAAAAGGAAUUCUAACAAUGAAUUCAAUUGUAUACACUUGUUUGAUUGAUGGCCUUUUCAAGGCUGGCCAGCCAAAGGCUGCAUUAUAUCUUUUUAAGGAAAUGGAGGAAAAAGGCCUCUCCUUAGAUUCAAUUGCGCUUAAUUCAAUUAUAGAUGGAUAUUCAAGGAUGGGAAAAGUGUUUAGUGCCAGAUCUCUAAUUUCAAAAACGAGAAACAAAAAUGUAAUACCUAACUUGACUACAUUUAACAUAUUGUUACAUGGUUACUCCAGAGGAAAGGAUAUAAUGAGUUGCUUUAAGUUGUAUUACCUUAUGAGGAGAUCGGGCUUUUUUCCUAACAGAUUAACAUACCAUUCUCUUAUUCUUGGACUUUGCAACCAUGGUAUGUUGGAACUUGGAGUUAAGAUGUUGAAAAUGUCUAUUGCUGAAAGUUCUACUAUUGAUGACUUGACAUUUAAUAUGCUCAUUAGGAAGUGUUGUGAAAUCAAUGACCUGGAUAAAGUCAUUGAUUUGACUCAUAACAUGGAAGUCUUUGGGGUUUCUCUUGAUAAAGACACACAAAAAGCCGUUACUGAUGUGCUUGUUAAAAGAAUGGUUUCCCAAAAUUAUUUCGUUUUUAUGCAUGAAAUGCUCAAGAAGGGUUUUAUCCCUACGUCUAGACAAUAUUCCACUAUGAUGAAACGACUGUGUCGAGUGGGGGACAUACAAGGGGCAUUUAAAUUAAAAGAUCAGAUGGUGGCACUUGGUGUAAGUUUGGACGAUGUCGCAGAAUGUGCUAUGGUUCGAGGGCUUGCACUUUGUGGGAAGAUUGAAGAGGCAAUGUGGAUUCUCCAAAGGAUGCUUAGGAUGAAGAAAAUUCCUACUACCAGCACGUUUACAACUUUGAUGCACGUCUUGUGCAAAAAAGACAAUUUUAAAGAGGCACAUAAUUUGAAGAUCCUUAUGGAGCAUUAUCGUGUGAAGCUUGAUAUAGUCGCUUACAAUGUUCUCAUUUCUGCGUGUUGCGCUAGUGGUGAUGUUAUAACUGCACUUGACUUUUACGAAGAGAUAAAACAGAAAGGUCUCUUGCCAAACAUGACCACCUACAGAGUUCUAGUUUCUGCUAUUAGUACUAAGCAUUAUGUUUCUAGGGGUGAAAUACUUCUCAAGGACUUGAAUGAUAGAGGAUUAGUGUCUGGGUAUAUAGAUGGGAAGUCGCAAAAAUCUUGCAAGAAUUUUCUAGUUGCCAUGAAUAAACUGAACUCCUUAAGGCCCAAUCAAGGAAAUUAAGUCAACAACAAACUGAAAUACCACUGAAUUUGAUUCUGAGCACAAGGAAAAAUCUAGUUCUUGAUGGGAGUGACUAGUAUAUCUUUCCAAGUUGAUACAUCUAAGGUUUGUUACAAUCAUGUAUCACAUACUUGCUUGGCCAACAGACUUUGACAAUUCAACUUUUAGUGGGAAUAUGCAUAGGAGGGACUGGAUUAAAGAGCCAAAUAAGGCAGCAUCAGAUCCUUCUCAACAAUGAAUGUUGAAUACGAA